CUGAGCGCCAUUUUAGGAGUCAAUGUGCAAGAGGUCGGCGUCGGGACAUGCCAGGAGGUCGUUCGUACAGUCGCUUUGGAGAACACGUACGACAGCGAGAGCGAGGUCGACUACGAAGAUAAGCGUGUCGUAGCCACCCAGGAGGCCGACGGGUGCGUGGACGGGUGCUGGGUGCGCGCUGCCCUUACUGACGGCUUCAGUAUCAUAGACGCCAACAUCUCGGCGCUAGUGGGACCCAAGAUGCAGGUCCGCACCACCUGUGGUUGUGGACACACCACACCUCCUACCCACGACACCUGCACCCCCUACACCUGUCUGAAUGGUGGCAGGUGCAUUCCAGCAUCCUCAGGUACUAGAUGCAUCUGUCCUCACGGCACCUGGGGUUCUCGCUGUAAAGUGAUCGUUAGGCACUUCGAGGACGACGGUGGAGGGUCAGACUUGGGAAGUAGUGAAGAUGAGGUCGUUACAGUGGGCGGGUGGGCGUGGGUGCCGCCAAUCCCGCCUUGUGCUGAAGUCCACUUGAGUCUGGAGGUGCUGACCAGAUCCUUGGCGGCCACGCUGCUGUACUCAGGACCGGACCAGGGGGCACCAACCCCAGGGACCGAAGAGAACACCGCUAGGGACCUGUUGCUGCUGGAGCUGCGUCAGGGCCGUCCGUCUCUCCUGCUGGACCUGGGAGGCGGCCCUGUUACCCUCGACCUCAACGCCUCCUACUCCCUGGCAGACAACACCUGGCACAGGAUUGACCUUAUAUGGAAAGACGAGUUGGUGGAAAUGAUUGUGGACUUGUGCACGGGCAACGGACCAGACGACGUACCACCGCCGCCACCCUCCACCCUCGCCCACAACCACUCCAAGACGAACACCCAUCCCGACGCCCACACUUGUAGAGGGGCGGCCAGACUGCCUCGUACCGCCCGCGUCCUCAACACAAGUGGACCACUACAAGUGGGUGGACUGUCUCACCCUCUACCAGCAAACACUUUACAAGGAGGUUUCCCACCUUUCUAUGGCUGUCUCCGGAACCUCAGAGUCAACGGCCAGCUGGUGGACCUGGGCGGCGGCGUCCUCGGCCAGGGCAGUUACCCCGGGUGUCCUGCUGCAGACUGCCUCUCCAGUGGCCUCUACUGUGGCCUCCACGGCAG